GUAACAUAGUCAAACAUGGCGCGUCUAUAUACUGCUCCGAAAAUUCUUCAUUUAUUCCUUUUUUUCACACUUAUUUUAUGUUUUACGAGUUUAGUGACUACCAACCGUGAGCUGAAUGAAGAUAAUUGGAGAGACAUUCUCGAGGGCGAAUGGAUGGUUGAAUUCUACGCGCCAUGGUGUCCCGCUUGCAACGCCCUAGCGCCGGCAUGGCGCGAUCUGUCGCAGCAGGCAUCGCGCAAGUCCCUCGGCAUGAAGGCCGCCGCCGUCGAUGUGACAAAGUCACCUGGACUCAGCGGACGAUUCGUAGUUACAGCACUACCAACUAUAUUCCAUGUAAAAGACGGCGAGUUCCGCCAAUACAAGGGCCCGCGUGAUGUAGCCUCUAUGCUCGGUUUCGUCGAGCAACAGAGAUGGAAACAAACUGAACCGAUACCCGGAUGGAAGGCACCGGACUCCCUGCAAAUGACCCUCGUGGCGGAAUUCUUUAAACUCAGCCAAGUACUCAGGAGUGUCCAUAACACCUUGAUGGAGACAUAUGGCUUGCCAACGUGGGGCUCUUAUCUCAUUUUUGCUAUCGUCACCAUAUUUGUUGGUGCACUUCUGGGAUUGAUACUGGUGUGCAUCAUCGACUUGUUGUAUCCACCGCGUCGUGCUGAUAAAGUGUUUGUCAGUCAAGCAGAAGUGGACAAAAUGGCCGAAGGGGAUCAGCAUGGAAAGAAGGAUGAACACGAACAGGAACUAUUGAAUGAUGACAUCGUAGACGACGCUGAUACGGCGAACAGUGACGCCGAAAGAAACUCCCCGAGUGAUACUUCUGAGGACGAAAAAGAAAAACCCCAAGAUGGCGGCGACUCCAAAUUGGACAAAGAACGACCCACUGAGGUCCGCAAACGACGGCCCAGGAAGGCUGAUUAACUACAUUACACAUAUAUACAUUAACAACAUAAAUAUAUGCUGAUAAUUUGGUGGUUGUUUUCCUGUAGUUUAAUAUUAUGUCUUUAUUACACUUGUGAUUGCGUGAAACAAAUUUAUACCGUAAUAAUACGUAUAAAAGAUUUUUUUACUUUGAACGCUGUCAAAUUAUGAUUCAACUGAAUCUACAUACAUAAUCAAAUGUAUAUCGUUACAUCUAACGCAUAUAAGUUGUUGGUUUUUCUUUUUUUUAUUUAUAUUUAUAAACAAUUGUUUUUCAAUAGUGCUAUAAGAGCAUAUUGUUUUGCUACUGGAAAACAACGGCUAUAAUUUCAACAUGUAUAUUCUGUAUGCUCAACUAUUAAAGCCAGUGCUGCCACCUUACCGCUUUUAAAGUUUCCAGUUUUUAUAAGUUAACUCCUCAAUUAUGAUUAUUCCCAGCCGUUUACUAAUAUAUUAUUUGGCUAAUGACUAUUUCAGAGUAACAACUGAUAAUUUCAUAUCAGCUGAAAUCUUUCUAUUUUUUAUUUAAUUAAUAACAGGCACUGGAUUUUUGCCAUUAUUCCUAAACUAAAAAUUGCCAUUAACAAUAUAGAAGGUACAAGUCUUCCUUUUUAUGUCAUCAUUAUAAAAAUAUUUAAUGAAUUCUAUUAUCCAUAAUCGAAUGAAGAAAGUGGUAGCAGGUGGUAAAUUAAUACAACGUAAAUGAAAAGGAGAAAUCAUUUUAUGAUAUCACUGAAAAAUAUAUGCUAUUAUAACGAUUUAAAGAGCAAAAUUGUUUAAUUACUUAUGCGUGCCCUCACGAGUGUAUUGCAAAAUUGAUGACGUCAUAACACAACUAUUUACUAAACACACUAGUAUAGUAAAGGCUUUACUAAUAAGCUGAAUAGAUUUUGUAAUUAUACAAUGUUUUGUCUUUUUCGCUCGAACUAAAAGUUACAUUGAAAGGACGCAGACAGUACAGCUUAUUAGUAAGGCCAUAAAUGUAUGUAAACUUAGGUAGACACAUAUAAGUAAAUAAUUAUUAUCUUAUAGUAUAUUUCACACGAUUUUUUGAACGUGAGAUUAUUAGAAAUAUUGACUGUUAGAAAUACAAAUAAUAUCUGGUAUUAUUUGUCACUAAGCUGUUAAUUUUCACCAAGUUCAAAUACUUUUUUUUGUGAUGUCAUAGUUUUAUUGAUAAACGUAAUGAGCCCGCAGAAAUCGACCAGUGUGACUGAGUCGUUAGGUAGUGCAAAAUUAUACUACCUUUGUGGCAUAUUAACGAAUAAAAUAUAUUGAAUAUUGUAUGUAUAAGAACGGUUUUAAUAUAUCCUAUGCAAAUUAUGUAGGUAAAUAUUAUUAUAGUUUAUGUUUCGGAGUUGUUUGUAUUUUUAAAAGUCAAUAUUCGUCUAUGGUUGUUCACAUUAGUAUGAACCAGUUUUAAGUUAGUUACAUCAUUAAAUCAAUUCAUUAUAAUUGAUAUCUAAUGGUUAUUGUGAAUGACCGAUUAGCAAACCACUAUUUAUAUUCACCAAUUAUACGACUAUUAUUUGCGCACCAAAAUGUAGAAUUUUAAGAAGUUUGUAUUCAAAAUAUCAUCAAAGCAGGCUUUCUCAAACUAUUGGCUCCACGAACCCCCGAAAAUAUGGAAUAAAAGAUUCCAAAUGAUAGUGAACUCCUUAACUAACCAAUUAAAUCCCUCCACCCUCCCCCAAAAGAAAAUAAUAGAAUUGGUCGUUGAAGAUAAUGAGGUUUUUGUUUGAAUAAAAGUUAAAUUGAGGAGUUAUUAUGGACAAAUUUUAACUUUCAUUGUAAAGCCAUCCAACCGCUAUUACGUAAAUCUUAUCGCGGACCCCCUACCGUCGAACGAACCCUAUUGGUUAGCCAUCUCCAUUUUGAGAAACCUUGCACUAAAGCAUUACGUAUAUUUUUUAUAAUUUUCUGUUUUCGGCACUUAGAUGUCUACGUAGAUAUAUUGAUCAUUCAUUUAUUAACAAAAGUAUUAUCAUUUAAUCUUAUUAAUCACAUUUUAAUUCUUAGUAAUUUAAGUUGUGUCAUUGCAGAAAGAAAGAGAUAUGCAGAUGCGAUAGAGAAAUUGAAAUUCGUGUUGAAUAGUGUUUUUUUUUUAAUUAUUAUUUAUACACAUUCCUAAACUGCCCGAAAGCUCAAGAUCAAUGUCUUUAUACGUACUUAUGAGAUUUUAUUUAAAACAUGUAUUUUAGGAGGAAUACUCAAAAGCUCUGUUUAUUUAUAAUUAAUUUUCUUGUGAAAUUUGCCCGAGUUGUAUAUUAAAUUUAAUAAUAAUCAUGUAAAAUAUGAUGUGUUUAAUUCUUAUGCUGAUACGAGUGGAAAGUAAAAAAAUAUACAUUUUAUUGUAUAUUGUGGCAAAGGAAUCGACAUAAUUUAUCUUUGUUAGUGAUACAUUUAAUGUUAUUUGUUAGUGAUACAUAAACAUUUUAUAUUAAUGUAUGAAAAGUCUUGAAGUUAGGAAAACAAAAUUCGCAAUCAAAAUUUUCUUCAAUGAAUAUUUCGUUGGUAAAACAAAACAGCUAAUCAGAUUUUUAUGGAGCCACCUAGUGACUAAAAUAAAAAGUUUACCAAUGAAUAUCGGUACUCAUUUCCAACGGAUAAUUAAAAAUUGCGUCUUCUUAUUUUUUGUUUUAUUGAAAUGGAAUGGAUUUAAAAUCGAAACAUUUUAAAAAUAAUUUUGCAAAGAGUAAGUAUACAGUUCGAUUUCUUUGCUUCCACAGUAAAAAUCUGAUUUGAUGCAUUUAUAUUUUUAUCUCGUAUAACUAUAAGGUUAUAUCUUCGUUUUUUAUCGUUUUAUAUAAAAUUAUAAACAAAUAUUUCAAAAUCGGUUCGCUAGCGUCAGUUUAGUAUAUAUUUGCUUUCCGCUAACAAUGGAUACUGUUGAUAUAAAUUGCCUUGUACAAAGACUUAAAAUUGUAUAAGUGUUGCGUUUAUUAACUAGUGACUUGAUGAAUAAAUU